AUGGCCACCUCCCCGUCCGCAGUAGGGUCGUAUUCGAACCCGUUAAAGAAAUUCAAGCUUGUUUUCCUCGGGGAACAAAGUGUGGGAAAAACAUCUUUGAUUACGAGAUUCAUGUAUGAUUCGUUCGACAACACAUACCAAGCUACGAUUGGCAUUGAUUUCCUAUCCAAGACCAUGUAUUUGGAUGACCGGACAGUUCGACUACAGCUUUGGGACACCGCUGGCCAAGAACGAUUCCGGUCUCUUAUCCCUUCAUACAUCCGUGACUCUAGCGUAGCGGUCGUUGUUUAUGACAUUUCAAAUGCGAAAUCGUUCCAGAAUACACGGAAAUGGGUGGACGACGUACGAGGAGAACGAGGUAACGAUGUCAUCAUCGUUUUGGUCGGAAACAAGACCGAUUUAAACGAUAAGCGAGAGGUGACAACUGCGCAAGGAGAAGAAGAAGCCAAGAAAAACGGCUUGAUGUUCAUCGAGACCAGUGCCAAGGUGGGCUAUAACGUCAAACAGUUGUUCCGAAGGAUAGCAAAUGCCUUACCGGGGAUGGAGGGCGAAGCAGGAAGAGGGGAUAACCAAAUGAUCGAUGUAAACAUCAAUCCGACUCAGCCCGUCAGCAACGAUGGCUGCGCGUGCUGA